UUAGAAUAAACCAGGCGCUUUGAAAUCUUUAUAUAUUUUUUUAAUUUGUGAGAAUUUUCUAGCGAAAGGAGCCCUCCCCUCCCGUUCUCCAGCUAAAUUAGGAGCAAUAAGUAGGGUCACUUUGGAGAGACAGCGGCGAGGAAGGACCUGGGUUGCCUGUAUCAACGAUGGCAGCGGCGAAGUUGAGGCAGGUUGGCUGGUUGUUGUCUUCAAGGAUACAUUCGCGGCAACAAGUGAAGCAUUUAUAUUGCACCAAGCAAUGGAGUGGCAUGCGACAUCAAAAAAUUCCGCUCUCGUCACCUUCAUCUUUUGUUUCCUCAAGAAGUAUGUUUAUUCAAACUCAGGACACGCCGAACCCGAACAGCUUGAAGUUUAUCCCUGGCUGCCCAGUGUUGGAAGCAGGAACCAUGGACUUCUCGGCAGCCCGCAAUGCCUUCUGCUCCCCACUGGCUAGACAGCUGUUCAGAAUUGAUGGCGUGAAGGGCGUGUUCUUUGGGCCUGACUUCAUCACCAUCACUAAGACAGAUGCUGAGGUGCAGUGGAAGCUCCUCAAACCAGAUGUGUACGCCACCAUCAUGGAUUUCUUUGCAUCAGGCCUUCCUGUGGUGACAGAUGAAGCUCCCUCUUCCGAUACAGCUCCGUCAGAGGAUGAUGAUGAAGUUGUAGCCAUAAUUAAAGAACUGCUGGACACCAGAAUUCGGCCCACUGUUCAAGAGGACGGGGGUGAUGUGAUUUACAAAGGGUUUGAAGAUGGUAUCGUGAAGUUGAUGUUACAGGGUUCCUGCACAAGUUGCCCCAGCUCCAUCGUGACAUUGAAGAGUGGAAUUCAGAACAUGCUGCAGUUCUAUGUCCCAGAGGUGGAAGGUGUUAUCCAGGUUGUAGAUGAAGAAAAAGAAAAAGAACUUUUGUGAACUGCUUCUGACUAAGUCCAAACAUUGACCUGAUUACAUGGUCGUACACUCCAGUAAAGUGACUGACUGUUUCCCUCCGUGUGCACCUUAACAAAUGAUGAAACAAUGUGUUACAAAACUGUUUGGUAAUAUAUUUUGCAAUAAAGAAUAUUAAGCUCUGA